AUGUUAAUUACAAAUCAUCAAACAAGCCAAGCAAAUCUUUAUGUUGAAGAGAUCCGGUUUCCUCGUGAAUUAGAAAACAAAUACAUAGUAUCAGAUAAAAUACUCGGUAAAGGUUCUUUUGCUGUUGUAAAAGAAUGUACAGAAAAACGAUCCAAUAAAAAUUACGCAUUAAAAAUAAUCUUGAAGGAAUCGAUAAAAGUUCAUCAUAAAUAUAUAACAUCUUUACACGAUUUAUACGAGACUAAGGAUGGAGUGUUUAUCAUAACAGACUUGGCAUCUGGUGGAGAAUUGUUUAAUCAAUUAUUACUCAAAGGUUCAUAUACUGAAGAAGAUGCUGCAAAUCUGAUGAAACAAUUACUUGAAGGUGUUCAAUAUUUACACGAUUUGGAUAUAGUUCACAGAGAUUUAAAGCCCGAAAAUUUAUUAUUUAAAGAUAAAUCAGAUGAAGCAGAUAUAAUGAUAACAGAUUUUGGUUUAUCAAAGAUUUUAAAGAGUGAAGAUGAUGUACUGUUAACGGCAUGUGGAACACCUGGUUAUAUUGCACCAGAAGUUCUAUUGCAAGCUGGAUAUGGCAAACCUAUUGAUAUUUGGAGUAUAGGAGUGAUAAUGUAUACAAUGUUAUGUGGUUAUACACCAUUUUGGGGUGAAGAUCAAGCGGCUUUAUUUGAAUCCAUCAUGUCAGGUGAAUAUGAAUACGAAGAAGAAUAUUGGUCAGAAAUAUCGGAUUUAGCAAAGGAUUUAAUAGAUAAAUUGUUAACAUAUGAGCCUCAUAAAAGAAUAACAGUCCACGAAGCAUUGAAACAUCCUUGGUUCGAAUCAGCUAACAAAAUCAAUAUUCUUGAAAAGUGA